AUGUUCAGAGUCACUGGUCAUCUUGGUUCUGGACAGUUUGGUACUGUCAAUCAAGGAGUGUGGCUUUCUCCUAAUGGUCCAGUAGAUAUUGCUAUUAAAACACUUAACAAUAAAAACUCAGAGGAAGAGAAAGUCAAGUUCCUACAAGAGGCAGCCAUUAUGGGUCAAUUUCAUCAUCCUAAUAUUGUCAAGUUAUAUGGAGUAGUCACUGUUGGAGAACCAAUUGCCUCAGGUAUGGAGUACCUGUCAAAGAAAUGUUUUGUACACAGAGACCUGGCAGCUAGGAAUAUACUAGUGACAGAACAGGGUAUUUGUAAGAUUGCAGACUUUGGUAUGUCCAGAGAUUUACAACAUGACGACUAUUAUAUCUCACAUGCUAAGAAAAUUCCCAUUAAAUGGACAGCUCCUGAAGCCUUACAUUUCAAACGAUACUCCACUGCUAGUGAUGUGUGGAGUUUUGGUGCAGUACUCUAUGAGAUAUGGAGUCUAGGACACAAACCAUUUGAGAGUUAUAGUAAUCAAGAG